CUGCCCCCAACCACUAUUCUCUCUGAUUUGCUUUUUCUAAUUUAAUUUAAUUUCUUUUAAUUAUCUUUGCCUCGCGCAGUGGAGUGCUAUUUUUGACCUUUCGCUUUCUGGAUCUAGGGUUUCGCUUUAGACAACUCAUUUCUCCUCCUCCAGCAUCACCAGCACCACCACCACAAUCAUCACAAUCAAAUCAAAACCCUAGCUCAAUCAUUUAUUGCUUCCGAGACGAAAAUCCAAUCGGAGAUCGCUUAGGGUUUUUUUGGAUUGUCUUCAUCAUCAGCAAUCAGAUCUAAUUGUUUUCCAGGAAAAAACCCUAAAUUUUCUCUGAAUGAUCUGGGAUUUUUACUUUUGUUUGUUAAACUCCAAAAAAUAGGAUCAAAUCUAAAGCAUUCUUGAGACGAUGAUGAUAUUGAGUUUCACAAAGAAAUUGAUGAACAAUCUGAGCCCCACCAAAGAGUAAGAUUUUGACUAUUUUGGUUUUCGGCGAGAAAUGGAUAUGUAUAAGGCGGUGGUGUAUCAAGGGGAAGAGUUACUGGGGGAGGUAGAGAUGUACCCUGUAGGGAACAACAACGACAACCCGAUGAUUGAAGCCAAGGAAAUCAGAAUAAGUUACUUUUCGCAAGCGAGUGAGAGGUGUCCACCACUGGCAGUGCUCCAUACCAUUGCAUCUAGUGGGAUUUGCUUCAAAAUGGAAUCAAAGUCCUCGCAGUCACAGGACUCGCCGCUCUAUCUUUUGCACUCGUCAUGUUUCAAGGAGAACAAGACUGCGGUAAUAGAAGUAGGAGGGGAGGAACUUCAUUUUGUUGCUAUGUCUUCGAGGAAUACUGACAAACAGUAUCCAUGUUUCUGGGGAUUCAAUGUUGCAUCAGGACUUUAUGAUUCUUGUCUCGUCAUGCUGAACCUUAGAUGUCUUGGAAUAGUAUUUGAUCUUGAUGAAACGCUCAUAGUUGCAAAUACAAUGCGCUCAUUUGAGGAUAGGAUUGAUGCCCUACAGCGGAAAAUAAACAGUGAAGUGGACCCACAACGCAUCUCUGGCAUGGUGGCAGAGGUCAAGCGUUAUCAAGAUGACAAGCAUAUAUUGAAGCAAUAUGCUGAAAAUGACCAGGUUGUUGAAAAUGGAAAGGUGAUAAAAAGUCAGUCUGAGGUUGUUCCAGCCGUGUCAGAUAACCAUCAACCUAUUGUUCGGCCAAUUAUACGGUUACAGGAGAAGAACAUUAUUCUGACUCGCAUCAAUCCACAGAUUCGUGAUACAAGUGUUCUUGUGAGGUUGAGACCUGCAUGGGAUGAUCUCCGGAGUUACUUGAUAGCACGAGGGCGCAAGCGUUUUGAGGUUUAUGUUUGCACAAUGGCUGAAAGGGAUUAUGCUUUAGAAAUGUGGAGGCUUCUUGAUCCAGAUUCAAAUUUGAUAAACUCCAAGGAAUUAUUGGCUCGCAUUGUCUGUGUCAAGUCUGGUUCAAGGAAGUCACUGUUCAAUGUCUUUCAAGAUGGCUUAUGCCAUCCUAAGAUGGCAUUAGUAAUUGAUGAUCGCUUGAAAGUGUGGGAUGAGAAAGACCAACCACGGGUCCAUGUUGUUCCUGCAUUUGCUCCAUACUACGCUCCCCAAGCUGAGGCUAAUAAUGCUAUACCUGUUUUGUGUGUGGCGAGAAAUGUUGCCUGCAACGUUAGAGGCGGUUUUUUCAAGGAAUUUGAUGAGGGUCUUCUACAAAAGAUUUCUGAAAUUGCUCAUGAAGAUGAUAUUAAAGAUAUUCCUUUUCCACCUGAUGUGAGCAAUUAUUUAGUCUCUGAGGAUGAUGCUUCUGCUUCAAAUGGCAACAGAGAUCCACUGUCUUUUGAUGGCAUGGCAGAUGCUGAAGUUGAAAGAAGACUGAAGGAUGCAAUAUCUGCUUCUUCAACAAUCUCUUCAGCAGUUGCUAAUCUAGUUCCAAGGCUUGUUCCUGCUCUUCAGAAUACAAUAACAUCAGCAUCUAGCUCAAUUCCACUUACAACAACUCAAGUUUUGUCACACUUUCCCAGCAUUCAGUUCCCUCAGCCGGCUUCACUUGCUAAACCAGCGGGUCAUAUCGGGCCCCAAGAACCAAGCUUGCAAAGUUCUCCUGCUAGAGAAGAGGGUGAGGUACCAGAAUCAGAAUUAGAUCCUGAUACAAGGCGGAGGCUACUCAUAUUGCAACAUGGGCAAGAUACAAGAGAGCAUGCAUCAACUGAACCCCAAUUUCCUGUCAGACCUCCAAUUCAAGUUCCUGCUCCCCGGGUGCAAUCACGGGGUGGCUGGUUUCCAGUGGAGGAAGAGAUGGGCCCACAACAGCUGAGCCGAGCAGGAGCCAAAGAAUUUCCCUUAGAUCCAGAAUCAAUGCAUAUUGAUAAGCAUGGACCUCAUCAUCCUCCUUUUUUCCCAAAGGUUGAGAGUUCAAUUAAUUCUGAUAGAGUUCUGCACGAAAAUCAAAGAUUGCAAAAAGAGGCAUUUCAUAGAGAUGAUCGGUUGAGAUUGAACCAUACACUGUCCAGUUAUCAUUCUUUCUCAGGUGAAGAUAUUCCAUUGAGUCGACCAUCUUCCAGCAACAGGGAUCUAGACUUCGAAUCUGGACGAGGUGUUCCAAAUGAAGAAACUCCAGCUGGAGUCUUACAGGAUAUCGCAAUGAAGUGUGGAACCAAGGUGGAGUUCAGACCAGCUUUGAUUGGUAGCAUGGAAUUGCAAUUUUCCAUGGAGGCUUGGUUUGCAGGGGAAAAAAUUGGUGAAGGGAUUGGUAGAACGAGGAGGGAAGCGCAACGUCAGGCUGCUGAGGGUUCUCUUAAGAACUUAGCUAAUGUAUAUAUUCAUGGGGAUUGGAGUAUUCUUAAUGCAAAUGGCAAUGGUUUUUUGGGUGGUGUGAAUUCUUUUGGGGAUCAGCCAUUGUCCAAAGAGGAGCCUGUCUCAUUUUCAGCUGCGUCUGAACCAUCUAGGCCUCUCGACCCUCGGUUGGAAGGCUCUAAGAAGUUAAUGGGUUCGGUCUCUGCACUGAAAGAAUUAUGCACAAUGGAAGGCCUCGAUGUGGCUUUUCAACCUCGGCCGCCACCUUCUGGUAAUUCAGUUCAGAAUGAUGAAGUCUAUGCACAGGUUGAAAUAGACGGUCAAGUCUUAGGGAAAGGGAUCGGUCUGACAUGGGAUGAGGCUAAGAUGCAGGCUGCUGAAAAGGCACUUGGAAGUCUAAGAUCAAUGCUUGGUCAAUCUAAUCCGAAGCGGCCGGAUUUUUCUAGGUCACUGCAUGGGAUUUCGAAUAAACGUAUGAAGCCGGAAUUUUCACGAGUUCUGCAGCGGAUGCCUUCUUCUGCUAGAUAUGCCAAGAAUGCUCCUCCUGUUCCCUAAAGUGCAUAAUACAUUUUUUCUUCCCACUUCUUGGUAUGGCUGCCGUUGGGACAUUUUAUGGUACAUAACUAACUAAGAGACAGGCAAGGUCAGUUGAGAUUCAGAACUGCCAAUUGGCUAUCUGCCCUCUAUUCUUCUUAAGAUCUCAGUGGAACUUCCACCGGAAUAUUUUGUUGUGGCUUCAUCUCCGAUUCGUUCGAAGGCACAGGGAGUCACCAAAAUGACUGCAGUCCGAGGUAUUCAUGUUUCCGGAGUUUUAUUUGCUAUCUAAUGAGGCCUUUUCUCCUUGAAAUGUCUAGCGACCUCUCAAGAGGAUAGAAGGUUGUACCAUGUAGUCCCCCCCACUUUUUAAUGUGGCCCAUGCCGUCGGUGCCAAUGUUUUUCUGCAAGCUGCAUUGAGCUGGAUUUAUUUGCAGUGUACUGAUAUUUGUUUAAGCAGAAGAAAACAGAGAUUUAUUUGCAGUGUAUUGACCAAGGGCAGCUUCCAGCCAUGCUCGGAGUUGCUUAACAUUCUAACCAUGGUUAAUUUCA